AUGGUUGUAGCUAGCAGGAAGGAACCGUUGACCUUCAAGGUGGCCAUCGAUUUUUCUGGAGAGGAAUGGGAAUGCCUGAACUCUGAACAGCAGACUCUGUAUAAGGACGUGAUGCUGGAAAACUAUCGGAACCUGGUCUUCUUGGGUCUUGCUGUGUCUAAGCCAUACCUGGUUACCUGUCUGGAGAAAAGGAAAGAGCCCUGGAAUAUAAAGAGGCAAAAGACCAUGCUCUUGUUCCCAGGUGUGUUUCCUCAUUAUAACCCACACUUUUCACCAGAGCAGAACAUAAAGUAUUCAUUCCAGGAACUGAUCAAUGGAAGCCAUAGAAAUGGUGAUAUUGACAAUUUGUGCUCCAGAGAAGAAAGGGACCGUCUAGAGGGCCAUGCAGUUCCGAAGACGUAUUAUAAUGGGUAUAACCCGUGUGUAAUAACUGAUGGUGGGAGAAGCUUUGCUCCCAGUAGGCAGCAAGAACCUGAAAUGGCUCAAGAAAACCCUCAGGCUCUGCCUGUUACUUGUGAACAGCCGUGUGCUUCCGUCAGUAACCAUCAGAGUCAGUGUUUGAACUGUACCUCUCCUUUCAAAGAUGGUUUGGGACGUACAGAGAGGGGUCUAGCCCAUUCUUCAGUUACUGACUUCAGCAGUUUCAAGUGUAGCUUUGGGUUAAGCUUUCAUUCAAACCUUUUUGUAGAUGGGGAACUUAAAAAUGAAGAAAAAAAUUCUAAAUGUAAUCAAUUUGAGAACUCCAUGAUGAAAAAUUCCUUAAUAUAUAAUCCACAAAUAGGUCUUUCAUGUGUCAAAACGCAGAAUUUCCAUAAAUACGGCGGGUUCUUUACACAUCCAGUAUCACCUAAUCAAAAUUCAAGUACAGAUAUUUUAGAAAUCCAGUAUAUAUGUAAAGAAAAUAGGAAGGCCUUUACUGAGGCGUCUGCCUUAAAUAAUCACCAGGGCGCGUUUAUUGGAGAGGCGGUGUAUCAGUGCAAUGAAGAUGGCAGUGACGUAAGCCAUGAGGCAGAUCCUGCGGAUCAGCAGUCUGCUCGUUUCCCAAAGGACUUUUACAAAUGCUACAGAUGCGACACCGUCUUUCAUCAAUACUCAGAACUCAUCAUCCACCAGUAUAUCCAUAUUCAAGACCAGAUUUCCAAGGGGAUGGAUUGCAACACAGCUUUCAGUAAAAUUUCCAGCCUUCCUAGAAGUCAUUCCGGAGAAAAACCCUACAAAUGUAAGGAAUGCGGCAAAGCCUUUACCUAUUGUUCCAGCCUCAGACAGCACCAUAGGAUUCAUUCUGGUGUCAAACAUCACAAAUGUAAAGAAUGUGGCAAAGCUUUCUACCACAAGUCACUGCUUACGCAACACCAGAGCAUCCAUGCCGGGAAGAAGCCCUACUGCUGUCAAUUUUGUGGCAAAGCAUUUAAUCAGAGAUCAACUGUUACUCAGCACCAGAGGAUUCAUACUGGAGAGAGGCCCUACCAUUGUAAAGACUGUGGCAAAGCGUUUCACCAAAGGUCAAGCCUGAGCCUACACCAGAGAGUUCACACUGGAGAGAAGCCCUACAAAUGCAAAGAAUGCGGCAAAGCCUUCAACCGUAAUUCUCUCCUUACUCAGCACCAGAGGAUUCAUACUGGCGAGAAGCCCUACCGUUGCGAAGAUUGUGGUAAAGCUUUUAAUAAAAAAUCAAGCCUUACUCAACACCAGAGAAUUCAUACUGGAGAGAAACCCUAUUCUUGUAAAGAUUGUGGCAAAGCUUUUAAUCAAUGAUCAAGCCUCAGCCUGCACCAGAGAGGUCACACUGGCGAGAAACCCAAUAAAUGUAACGAAUGUGGCAAAGCCUUUAACCGUGUGUUUUUCCUCACUCAACACCAGAAAAUCCAUACUGGCGAGAAGGCUUACCACUGUAAGGACUUUGGCAAAGCUUUUAAACAGCGCUCGAGCCUCACCCAGCACCAGAGAGUUCAUACCGGGGACAAGCCCUACCACUGUAAGCACUGUGGGAAGGCUUUUACUCAGAGGUCAAGCUUUACUCGGCACCAGAGAAUCCACACCGGAGAGAAGCCCUAUAAGUGCCAAGAUUGUGACAAAGCCUUCAGCCUCAACCUCCUUCCGAUCCAACACCAGAGAACUCACACAGGAGAGAAACCGUACCACUGCCAAGACUGUGGCAGAGCGUUUAAUCAAAGAUCGAGCCUAAUGCAGCACCAGAGGGUUCAUACUGGGGACAAGCCCUUCUGUUGUAAAGACUGUGGCAAGGCGUUCACCCAGAGGUCAAGCUUUAACCGGCACCAAAGAAUCCACAGCGGAGAGAAGCCCUACAAGUGUAAAGCGUGCGAGAGCACCUUCAGCUGCAGCUCGCGCCUCGCUGAGCACCAGUGCGCUUCCUUAGGCCGCUGCUUCCAAGACACAAAGUUCCUCCAAUAUAUGUGA